CUCCGAGAUUAAAUGGUCCCGCUAUGGUCAUCUGUCUGUUGAAAUGGAAACUGGCUAAGCAUCUUGAUCUUCACUAUUUGGCCCUGGAAGGGUCUCAGUAGCUACAUUUACAAACAAAUAGAGGCCUAAAUGAGGUCCCAAUCAAUCCAACGUGAUUUCUCUCUCUCACAGUUACAUUGUAAGGACAUGGACCUUCGUCUGACACUCCUGUUGAUCAGCCUCUGCAGCCAGGGAGUCACUAAUGCUGAAUUGGCAGAAAACGAUUCAAUCCCUUUGGUGCCUCUUAUCCCCUUGAUGCCCAGUCACCCAACAGAGAAAGUAGAAAAUGGAAGCGCAGCACAACCGAGUAACGCGGACACCACAGAAGCACCUCUACUUGAUGGCAGCUCAUCGGAGGGAGCACAUGAGGACAGUUGUCCGUCCCUUGGACAGAGCCUACAGUCCAGGCAGGCCAUCGCUGCAGCCGUCCAGAGACUGGGCGUGCAGCUGCUGCAGAACCUAGAGACCACGCCAGAGCAGCCAAACGUCAUCAUAUCUCCUCUGAGCAUAUCGUUAGCGCUCUCUCAACUGGCUUUGGGCGCAGUAAAUGAGACGGAGGAGCUGCUGAUGCAUCACCUAAAUGAAAACACUCUUCCCUGCUACCAUCAGUCUCUGCACAAUGUCUUAGCGCAGCUCAGAGACAAUGAAUUGCAAAUUGCCACACGCAUCUUCCUGCGUCAAGGGUUCAAGCCAAAGCAAAGCUUCAUCGAUGAAUCCAAGAGGUUGUAUGACUCGGAACCAGCAGUUUUGGAGAGCCUGAAGCAGAUAAACGACUGGGUAGAGAAUGCAACAAGCGGAAAGAUAACCGACUUCCUGCCGGCUUUACCACCAAAUCUGCUCCUCAUGCUCAUCAACGCUGUCCACUUCAAAGGAGAGUGGACGGCUCGAUUUGACCCGCGCUUCACCUCUAAAGGUGUGUUCUACCUUGACAACGAGCACAUGGUUGAUGUUGAAGUGAUGGAAGAUGCCAAACACCCCUUGAGUUUUUUUAUGGAUAAUGAACUGGAGGCUCUGGUAGCGUCUUUCCCGUUCCUGAAGUCAAUGAGCUUGUUGGUAGUGAUGCCCAUGUCCGGCCAGGUGAAUGUGUCUUCACUUUCCUCAAAGCUGAAUAUCUCGGCCUUGUAUCAUCGUCUGCCCAAGGAGAGAGCUGUUCAAGUUAAAGUGCCCAAAUUCAAACUGGCGUAUGCUCAAGAACUAAAGGAUGUCUUUACUAAAUUGGGCCUCGGCGAUAUGUUUUCCAGUCCCAACUUGGCUGACAUGGCAGAUGGCCCCCUGCUGGUUUCCAGUGUGAUGCACAAGUCCAUUAUGGAGAUAAACGAGGAGGGUGCAGAGGCUGCUGCAGCCACCACUGUAGUCAUCUCCCGGGCAUCGAACCCUGUUUUCCACCUCAGCAAACCUUUCUUCUUUGCCGUCAUGGACGAUACAACUCAAGUGCCCAUUUUCAUGGGUGUCAUUAACAACCCAAAUCCCGGUGCUCCUAUUUUCAAGAGACAAGUUGGAAAAGAUUUAGUGGGAUUCCAGGUUGACAAAAAUCAUGUUGGCUCAUCUAGAGGCGCACCUAAGUAAGGACUACUUACACUGCUGUCCCAGGGUAAAACCAGAACAAGAUUUAUCAUGAUUGUGUAGAUUAAAUGUACAAUAUGAAUAAACUGAAUCUAAUGUGUGUGUAAAAACAGAUGCUUCAUGUGUGUCUAUGCUCAUUGAUGAAUUCACGGUGUAAGGUACUCUGCAUUCUAUGUAGAAACCAAAUGUUUUAGCGGUUUUGGUGCAUUCAAUACCAAGUCCUUGGUGAGCAAAUACGAGUUAAAUACGAGAAAAGGUUUACACACAUAGUGUAAACUCCCUAAACCAUUAAUUAACUGCCCUUUAAAGUUUUAAGGAAUCAAUCUGUAAAUCGAGUGUCACAGCAUUAUUGCAUAUUUUGUACGAGGUUGAUUUAAAAACAAGUAAUGUCAAGGAAUUGUUUGAAUGGUAACAUGCCACGGUUAUGACGUGGGUUUAUUGUUGUCUUGAAUGUAAACUGAUGCAUUAGCAAAACUUGGAAAUAAUGAAACGGAGAACAUUUGCAACGAGGUAUUGGCAUUUUAAAAAAUCAAAAUGUCAGUUCUUUUGCAUGAAAUUAUCUUGUAUUUGGAGAUCCCGCCCUACCAUUUUUCUCUUUGAUUAAACAAGUUAUUGUUUAAAGGGG